AUGACAACAACCAACAACGCAACCUUGUCGACGGUCAAAGGAAUAACUGACAAAUGGUUCCACGCCCUGCUCUGGGUUCUUCUGGCAGUUGGCAUCGCAGGCAACAUGUUCGUCAUCCUGUGGCGCUGCUGUAAGAAAAACGGCAAAUUCUAUUUCCUCUCCGUCGUCAUAGUGAGUCUGGCCGUCGCCGACUGGCUCUUUUGUUUUCACUUCGUGCUACAAGAGAUUCUGCUCGUGGGCGUCGUCUUCAAUGGCGACCAUCGAAAUCAGACGUUUACUCGAGUGGACGCGCACGUGUGUCUCGCGAGCACUUUUACCUUCUACGUGUCUUGUAACGCUAGUGCUUUCACAGCCACGGGCAUCGCUGUCUACACUCUCUUCGCUGUAAAAGGACGGAAGAGUGACAAAGUUCUUUCCGUCUUCAUUGUGAUCUGUUGGGCGGUUUCCGUCGCUUUGGCGGGGUGGGGAACGUCACAUCUCAAAGUGUUCCUUGAAGAUCACAAACUGGACCGCGACAUACCAUCGGACAUCUACUCUCUGGAUGUCAUGUUUGGCUGCAUGGGAGACCGCAAUAUGAUCAUCGUCCCGAGCAUUAUCGCAUCGCUAAAUUUUGUCGCGGCGACGGUUUGCUGUGUUCUGUACCUUAUGGUGUGCUCGACGCUCAGGAAGACGGUUGUAAGUUUUGAGAACACGGAGUUGAAGCAUCUGAAGGUGCGACUGGCCGUCAUUGCGUUGAUGAAUGUCUUCUGCUGGUGGCCGGCCUGUGUGUUGUACUUGUACAGCACGAUCAGCGGCAAGACAGUUUUUGAAGGAAGCGUAGACCCGGAUAUAACAAUUCCCGCCUUUUUGUUGGCAGCCACGGUGAGCGCCGCAAAUCCGGUAAUCUACACGUUUGCAUCCAGAGGUCUUCUUAAAUUUGUGAGGCGCGUGUGUGCUGUGUGUGUAAAGAGGGGGGCCGAGGAGAGACGACCGUUUCUUGUUGAGGAGUUUGCUGACGGAGAUGUCCAGGCUCCUGACUGUUGCCGAUGGAAAUACCAAAUACGGGAGCUCCCGACGGUGACCAACGAAACCGAACAGUCUUCGUUGUUCUCGGACUCGACAAACCGCGUUACACGAGUAGAGUCUGGGUGGCAGGAUGAUAACUAAUGACAAUGGUGAAAAAAUUCAAAUUGACGUAGAUGAAUGGCAAUAACGUUGUUUGUCUGACAAAAACAGUGUUACUAUAACUUUGACAAGGUUAUGAAUAUUUGACAAGGUUGUGCUUUAAAUACAACUGAU